UGACCGUGUCCCCCCACAGAGCAUGGCCCCGACGUGCCUGCAGCCCCUGCUGAGGUACCGCUCCGUCGCCAUCCUCUUGCUCACGCCGCUGCUGCUGCUGCCGCUGCCGUUCGCUGUGCCCACCAAGGAGGCCAGAUGUGGAUAUAUCAUCAUUAUCAUGGCUGUGUACUGGUGCACUGAAGUGAUCCCCCUGGCUGUCACUGCUCUCAUGCCAGUGGUAUUUUUCCCUCUGCUUGGAGUUCAGACCUCUAAAAAAGUGUGCUUGCAGUACCUAAAUAGCACAAACAUGCUCUUCUUUGGAGGGCUGAUUGUUGCAAUUUCUGUUGAGCAGUGGAAUCUUCACAAAAGGAUUGCACUGAGGGUCCUUCUGAUUCUUGGGGUGAAACCUGCACUCCUGAUGCUGGGAUUUAUGAUAGUCACUGCCUUCCUGUCAAUGUGGAUAAGCAACACAGCCACCACGGCCAUGAUGGUUCCCAUUGUCCAGGCUGUCCUGGAUCAACUGGACAGCACAGAGCAUGAUGUGACCAUGGCGGAACAAGCAACUGGGCAAACAAAUACAGUGAUUGAGCUGGAGGAAAAGAACACAUCAGAAUCCACUGCAGUGCCUGAUGUAAGCAAUGAACAAGUCACUGAUGUCCCCAGAUCUUCUGAGGAAAAGAAAAGGAGGAAGCUUGUAUGCAAGGGAAUGACACUUUGUGUAUGCUAUGCUGCCAGCAUUGGAGGAACUGCAACACUUACUGGAACAGGACCAAAUGUGGUACUGAAAGGCCAGAUGAAUCAGUUAUACCCUGACAGUAAUGAUAUUGUGGACUUUGCUUCCUGGUUUGGAUUUGCAUUCCCAAACAUGGUCCUGAUGUUGGUGCUAGCUUGGCUUUGGUUACAGUGCUCCUUCAUGGGACUUAACUUAAAAAAAAACUGGGGCUUUGGGACAGAGAAAACUGCCAAAGAAAAAGCUGCAUACAGUGUGCUGAGGGCAGAAAUGAAGAAGUUAGGCCCUAUGUCUUAUGCUGAAUUGAAUGUCCUCCUUUUGUUUGUAUUGCUGGUGGUCUUGUGGUUUUCCAGAAACCCAGGCUUUAUAAAAGGCUGGGCUUCCAUACUCUUCAAAGGAGGAGAAAAGUAUAUCACUGAUUCUGUUCCUGCUAUGUUUAUUGCCCUGUUACUGUUUAUCCUUCCUGCUCAUAAGCCCCAAUGCACAGCCUGGAAUCCAAGCAUGUCUGACCCUGAACAGACUGAAAAAGAUAAGAAAAAGUCAUUUUUACCAGCCCCGCUGCUAGACUGGAAUGUGGUUCAAAGGAAGAUGCCUUGGAGCAUUGUGCUGCUGCUGGGAGGAGGUUUUGCUUUGGCUGAUGCAAGCGCAAACUCUGGGCUCUCAUCUUGGAUGGGUCGUCAGAUGGCUCCACUGGGAUCUAUCCCACCAUGGGCCAUUGCAUCAGUGAUCUCCAUUAUUACAGCUGUCUUCACUGAAUGCACCAGUAACGUGGCCACAGCUACCCUCUUCCUGCCUGUCUUUUCAUCCUUGGCUGAAUCUAUCAGGGUCCACCCUUUGUAUGUUAUGCUGCCUGGUACUCUCAGUGCUUCAUUUGCCUUCAUGCUACCUGUUGCAACACCACCAAAUGCAAUAGUGUUUUCUUAUGGCCACAUCCAUGUUUUGGAUAUGGUUAAAGCUGGAAUAGUGAUGAACAUCAUUGGAGUCUGCUGUGUCACACUGGCCAUCAACACAUGGGGAAGACCUAUGUUUCAGCUGGACAUAUUCCCAGCCUGGGCAAACAGCACAAGUCACAGUGAGCUGUGAAGAAUUCGUGUGUUGAACAAGGAAAGUACCCUCAGUACUCCCUAUUGCCUAAAGUCCUGUAUAAAGUCUCAUCACCACUUCAGAUCCAGUGUUGGGUUUUGCUGCCUUCCAGCAGUCACACAUCAGUUCAAGUUUGAACCAACCCAAUCUUACUCCAGUUGUGCUGGAGCCAAAAGUGUUUGCAAUUAUACAACCUCUGUGUCAGAAUCAUAAGUAUGUUUGAGUGAUCCAUUGUACCUCCAAUCAAGGUCAAGGAUUAGAUUUAUCAAACUUUCAAUAAAGAGAGGGGAGGCUGUUGUAUCAAAUGGUUUGAACUAUUAUAUCACUGGUAUGUACUUGUAAAUCCUUAGCAGUGAAUAUUGCACUGAGGCAGGGGCUGAACAUUCCUUACCUGUUCCUUAUAAGUCAGCAACUGUACACACAAAUCCCUGUUGUCACUUGUCUAGUGAAGAAGGGGUACGUGAUGUUAUGCUGUGUUAUGUUUUAGUUGUGCCUCAACCAUGUGGUGAGAUCCUUCUAAGUCAACAUCCAACACACUUUCUCUUGCCUUGUUUUCACUCCCAAAUCUCACUGCAUUUAGACACCUUUAUUGAGGGUUGAGAUAAUGUAAUUCCAUGAUGGUCAUGAUUCAGCUGAUAUCUUGGACAACAAUGCACUAAGGUUGGCUCUGUGUUUCUUGCACUGUGGCAGAGGGCAGGGAGCCUUUCCCUCAGUCACAGGUGUGAUUUCACAUGCUAACUAGUGUUUUCCUAGUGCCAGCCUGGAGAUGACCAGUGGCCCUUGGGACUUCACAUCUAUUGUAGAAGUUCCUGAAUUAGCCCCUGAUGUGCCUUAUUAAUUAACUCUGGAAUUUUUGAGUGAAGUCAAGACAUGAGGAAGGCUCUAACUGAUGACCUGGGAAAAAUGUAGGGGCCCAGAUUUUAGUGCUUGUGCACUUAUCUUGGCUGACAGCAGUGGGAGUUGUCCUGUGUACUUUGGAAUUCAUGUAUUGUGAGAAAAGUAGUUUGUAACCUAAUUUGCCAUUUCUGUUGCAGAAGUAGUCUACAGAAUGAUUGGUGUUGGGCUGGGUGUAUUUUGUCAGUGGUACAUGGAUACUUUUUCUUCAGCCCUGGCAAUGGAGGUGGGUGGGAGGUAAAGUAGUGUCUUACAGUGGAAAGAUCUGUGGGUGUGACCUGGGAUUUGCUUCCAGACUUGACAUGUAUCCCCGUGCAAGUCAGUUCACCUCUUUGUGCUUAUUUCCCCUUCUAAAGAUGUUAUGGAACCUAUCUACCUCGCCAAGGUGUUGUGAGGACAUUAGGGUAAAAUUCUGCAGCCAUAGUGAUUUCCCACCUCAUGAUAAUGGGUGCAAGGUGUUAGGUUGUAGAAUUAUAGAAUUCUGUGUAGAAGAUCUGGCAUAUAGCAUAGUAUUGUGUUUAGGAUAUUCAGUAGUUUUAUUAUUAAUGUGAAUUUUCUUUAUGGAACUGGAAAAACACAUUUUUAUUUUUAUCUAGAAGUGAGGGAAAUAUUUAUCCACAAAAUGACCAGGUGCUUUUUUGAGCAGAAAACUGCUUUAAGAAUUUAUUUCUGUGCCUUUAUCUUUUAUGCUCUUUCAUGGUGGUAAGCACCAUAAAGUGUCCACUGAAUGUUGUUCCCAAGAGCCACCAAUGGCUCCCUGUCUUCCCAGCUGGCUGCAUGUGGUGCAGCCUCACACUUCUUCCAGGGAAUGGUGGAGCAUGUGGAUAAAGACACUUCCACUGGCAGAGUCUAAGGAAGAGGCCAGUUCUAGUGCCAAGAAUUGGCAGAUGAGAUACUGCUCACAGAUAUUUGUCAUCACCUGAAACUUAUGACAGUAUUUUUUUGAAGAAAGUGAAACCAGGAACA